CUCAUUUGUUGUGUCCGCACAUUCGAUAGUGGAAUUUGCCCGGCAAUGGGGCAAUGCCAGUGCGGACCCAUGGCAAGAAGAAAACUGACAAACCUGCAAAAGCUCCGAAAAGACGGGAGACGGGCACAGCCAAGCAGGAGGAUGAACAACCGAAGAAAAAACAGUCUUUUCGCAUUGGCCGCUUGCAGCUGGCAGUGGGAGGUGCUGCAGCCAUCGGCGCUGGAGGUGCCUAUUUGUUCCUCGCACCCGUUGAUCCACAUGAUGCGCAGGGCAGACAGCGAGUUACUCCUUCGUUUCAUGUGGUGCUGCUGUGGGCAAUUCAGGCCGUAGAGUCUCAGGUUUGCUCCUACCAGUGUGGCCGCCACGUCUCUGAAAUGAAUACAAACUGUACGUAGUCUACAAAUUUUUGAUAUGUCUCUCAACGUGCCACACUGCGUUUCCGCAUGUUGUGCGGCAGGCAAGUUUGUCACAUUUGUUGCUGCACUAUCUGCGCUGAGGUUUUGGACGCUUUUGGCACCUGCAGUUGACCUGAGGCCGAAAACCACGCGCGUAGUGGCAUCGGAACCCAAAGUUGGUGCCUCAAGCUUUACUUUGGCUCACAUGGUGCCAGGCUGCACCAUGGAGCGCGGAUACGCGAAUCGCCACAUUAUCGGUCCAGAACGCUUUGGUGUCUCAUCGCCCAAAGAGUGCAUGGGAUACUGCCGGCAGUCCCAGUGCAACUGCUGGAGUUGGAAGGAUGAUGGUUUCUGUCGAACUGGCAAGGCAGAAAAAUGCACAUACAUUGCGAGUGAGGAUGAUGACCGCUGGAUGUAUGGCUCUUGCAACCCAGAGCAGCGCACGCCAGCGCCAGUGAAGGUGGCACCCAUGCCAGUUCCAGGGCCCCUCGUGCCAUCACCAGUGGCUGCAAAGUUUGUGCCCAGACCAAGCCCAGCGCCUGUUUCAAAGCAAGGGCAAGGUGAAGGGGUCAUGCCGUCGACUGCAUCGCCAACGCAGUUAGCCUCCACGGAAUUAAAGCCAGGAGCUGAAACCGUGCUGCCUGAUACGUCCAAAGCUGAUUCAUCAGUUUGCCCAGUGCUCCUCAUCACUCACCAGCGCGCGGGGUAUUUGCAGCGUGCCCUACAAUCAAUCUUCGAGCAUCGGGUGAGGCCUGAGACCAACCCCGUCAUUGCAUCACAGGAUGGCGACAACGCGGAUGUUCGGUCUGUUUUGCAGAAGUACGAGGCCACAGGCCAGUUGAAGUUCCUUCAGUUUAGUCCCAAGACGUUCAUGCCUACUGGAUACCAACGCCUUUGCGCUCAUUAUGGUUGGGCUUUCUCUCAGAUCUUCGACGUUCUAGGAUAUGAGCAAGCCAUUGUCCUGGAAGAGGAUUUAGAGAUUGCCAGCGAUUUCUUCUCCUACUUCCAGGCAACCUUGCCAUUGUUGCGAUCUGACUCCAACCUUUUCUGUGUGUCCGCUUGGAACGACAAUGGGAAACCGGAGCUGGCGCAGAACAGCACUGCCAUCUACAGAAGUGAUUUCUUUCCUGGACUUGGCUGGAUGCUUUUGCGGAGCUUCUGGAGCGAAGUCAAGAAGAAAUGGCCAAAAGAGUAUUGGGAUGACUUCCUCCGCCGCACAGAUAUUCGCCUUGAACGGCAGUGCUUGAGGCCUGAGGUGAGCCGCACGCAUACCUUCGGAGAGAAGGGAGUCUCACGCGGGCAAUACUACAAGGCGCAUUUGGUCUCCAAUCACUUGAAUGAGAAGCCCGUGGACUGGACAUCAAUGAAUCUCAGUCAUGUUGCGACACCUGCCGCAUUCGAUGCUUUCCUCACACAACAGGUGAAUGCUGCAAAGAAAUUCCGGUUCGACGAGCUGGAGAAGGUUGCUCAAUUCGACCAACCAGUCGCUAUUCGAUAUGAUGACAAGCAGUGGAAGAGGGUGGCGCAUCACUUUGGCUUGAUGGAGGACGACAAGGCUGGCAUCCGUCGGGGCAGCUACAAAGGCGUGCUCCCCUUCACUUGGCAUCAGCAACCCGCAUAUUUGGUGCGGGAUUGGCCGAUGGUCUAGUGCAGCACAAAGG